AGCCUAGUGUUGAUAUAACACGUUAUCUUCUUUAACACACAAGUAAUUUUAUGCAGCUUAUGUUUAUUACUCUAUUUAUCCGUUUCACCAAAAGUAGUUUAGCAAAGCUAGUCAUAGAAUGAGUAACCUGGUUUCCGGUUUUUCAUGAAUUACUUCAUCUACUUUACUUUAGUAGCAGACUGUCAAGUUUUCUACAGGGGUGUAAAUGAAAUUGCAAGUUAAAUUAAUUCACAAAGAAGUUAGUAACCGCAUAGAGUAAGAAACCAGCUGGUAAUGCAGGAAGCAGGGGACCAGCAGCAACAAGCAGGGGUCAGAUUCAGGCCAGCAUCUGUAAUGUUAUCAGAAGAUAAGUCGAAUGAUGCUUCAGAGAUUACUUCUGAUCUCGCUGAUGAAACAAUUAGCAUGCUGUGGGAAAUGAAGAUGAAUAAAAGAAAUGAAAAACCUGACUUACCGAAUACUGUAACAGAACUGGUAACUGAAGACGGAUGCAAACUCUAUAUAAUUGGCACUGCACAUUUCAGUGAUGACAGCAAAAGAGAUGUAGCAAAAGUAAUACAGGAGGUACAGCCAGAUGUUGUCGUAGUUGAGCUUUGCCAGUAUCGAGUGGCUAUGCUCAGGAUGGACGAAAAAACAUUACUAAAAGAAGCCAAAGAAAUAAAUCUGGAAAAGAUUCAACAAGCAAUAAAGCAGAAUGGAGUCAUGUCUGGACUGAUGCAGAUUCUGCUACUGAAGGUCUCUGCUCACAUAACAGAACAGCUGGGUAUGGCCCCUGGAGGGGAAUUCAGAGAAGCUUUUAAGGAGGCUAGCAAAGUGCCUUUUUGCAAAUUUCAUCUUGGCGACAGACCGAUAACUGUGACUUUUAAAAGAGCCAUUGCAGCGCUUUCAUGGUGGCAAAAAGUAAAGCUCGCCUGGGGUUUGUGCUUUCUCAAUGAUCCGAUCAGUAAAGAUGAUGUUGAAAAGUGCAAGCAGAAGGAUUUGUUGGAGCAGAUGAUGUCUGAACUGAUAGGAGAGUUCCCUGACCUUCAUCGUACCAUUGUCUCAGAACGGGAUAUCUUCCUUACUUUCAUGUUGAAGCAGGCAGCAAAACAAAUUGAACUACCUCAUAUUUCUAAGAAUGUCCAUGGACAACUUGUGCCAUCUGUUGUCGUCGGAGUGGUAGGAAUGGGACAUGUAGCUGGCAUCGAAAAGCUUUGGAACCGCCAUUUAAAUGUCCAGGAGAUUAUGAGUGUACCUCCUCCAUCUUUGUCAAGUAAAGCAAUUAAGUUUGUUCUCAAGGCCACCAUUUUUGGACUGUUGAGUUAUGCCUGUUAUCGUGUGGGGAAACGGACAGCUCAUUUAAUAUUUUCAAUGCCUUCAGUACAGUAUUAUAUUCAGAAACUGGCAGAAUGAAAGUUUUAAUGUUACCAUCUCUUUGAAGAAGUCAUUUGCGCCAGGAAAACCAGAUAGUUGCUAAAGACCACACAAGAAGGGAAUUCUUAAAACCAGCUGUUAUGUCCUGAUGUGCGUCUGUCUCAUGCUAAGCAAUGAAUUCUGUGAAAUGCACAGGAUGGAUUUGUAUUACCUAGAAGCCUUAUGAGUUAAUGUGUCAAGAAUAGGUUUGUCAGUAAUUAUUUCCACUGAAGAUGUGCUCUGUAAUGCAGACAGCCUGCAAUGAGAUGGAUUUACCAAGACCGUAAUUAUAUUCUUGACUGUUUGCUCUGAAUCACAACUCCUCACCUUACACUGACUGCAGUUUGGAAAUCGGUCAGUUGUUGUUUCAGAAUGUUUCUAGCUUCUUGCUGGGCUUUUGUAAACAAACAUAUUUUCACAAGUAGUUUGUCUCAAUUCAAUUUUUAACAUAUUUGAGCUGUCCACGAAUAACAUAGUAUUAUAGGCUGUGUAAACACAGCUGAAGCUUCCACUGAAGCUGCAUCAAACUGUUGCCUUUUAGCAAGUGCCAAUUGUUAGUUAAAAUGUGUUUCUCCAUAUUUAAUAGAAACAAAUCUGUGAUAUGUAUGUAUAUAAAAUAAGUACUUAACCAAAUAUAUUACAAACUUCCAACGGUACUGUAUGUUAGGGUAUUUUAAAAUAAGUUGUAAAUGACUCUUCCAUUCAGGACAGACUGUAUUUAAUGUCUGUUUCCUCCCUUAUCUUUUUGUGUGCAUCACAUAUACUUAUGAACACUGUAGCAUAUCAGACUUCACUUGGUAUAACAGCUGUGAUGUGUUAAAGAACAUUUUAAGGUACCUGUUUACAACAUGACUGCCAUUCUAGACAAUCAUUACUUAGACUGAAUUUGAAUAUGUUUUACUUCUAUACCCUGCGUACUUUAAAAAAAUAGUGAAUAGAGACUUUUAAAGUUUAGUAUUUCUUUAUUUUAUUGCUGCAGAUUCUGUGUGUUUAAGAUCAUUUGCUUCAGUUUUUGUCACUGUUCAUUAUCCUUUCAAGUUCCAUGAUUUGUUUGGUCUUCCCUGUGAUUAGGUUAGUUACCAUGCCUGAUUACAGUGUAUACAUCAAUUUAUUCACCUGUUUCAUUCAAGCCAUAUUAAGACAGUGAUUUUCCUUAAUAACUGGUGUCAUGCAAACCAGCCUGAAUUUUCCAUGAUUUAGUUUGGUUGUGUUUUUUAAUUAAAAUGUGUGUAUACAUACCUUUGUUAAAUUAUAUGUUUACGGUAAGUUUCUUGACAUCAAUUCAUUUAGUCCUAAACAUUAAGGAAUUACAUGUGCAGUACAGUUGGCUAAUAAAAACUUUCCUGCUUAUAAACCCAG